AUGCCAAGGUCUUUGCAUUUUUUCGUCAGGAUCUCACAAGUUGUCGUUGGACCAGACAGGUUCUACGCAAGAUUUUUGAGGACUGGUAGUGUGAAUUAAUUGUAUCGAUGUCAUAUCUCCAGCAAAAGUUCGACGGGGCUGAGGGCGAAGCAGCUUUUGAGAAAACGGCCAGCUACAAUAAGGCUACACGUAAAAUUAGCGCGGCCGAUUUGGGUGUCAUGUUUGAAAAUUUGGGCGCCUUUUGCACCCCGGAGCAGUUGGACGAGUACAAGAAAAUGUGGAACGGGCCGUACCAUGGUUUCGUUCCGCUGGACAUCAUGACGAAAAUUAUGGCGUCUCUGGAAGACAACGCGGAACUCAUGAGGGUCCUCGUUAGUUGGGCGGAUGUCGACGGAAAUGGAUUUAUCGAUGAAAAGGAAUUCAACUCCCUGGUGAAAUGUUUGCUGGCUCAUAACCCGCAAUUUCCGAUUAUUGCGUACGACAACUUUUUGGCGGAAGCGGAUACAAAUAAAGAUGGGAAGAUUAGUAUCACUGAGGCAGUAGAUUGGUUUAGUAAACAGGUAAAAAAGGGUUAAAUUUUGACAGAAAGAAUCUAAAAAUUGAGUUAAGGAUUGAUUUGGUAUGUGACCACAAUCUGUAAUUUGUAAAAUUAUAUGAUAAAUAAAGUUAAUUAUUUCUGAGAGAUA